UGGAUUCUUUGUUUGCUUCUUUCCACUUCUUUUACUUUUAUGUUGAGUUAUUUUCUUCUAGUUUAUAAUUAAUUUAAUUGUCAACAUUUUCUUUCAUAAUUUAACACUUUUCUCCAAUACAAAUGAAUCAAUCAAUUUGGUUAGAAAUCAUCUAGUUUUUAGAUGAAUUAAUUCUAUAGAGAGAGACUUUUCAUCAAUUACUCAUCAAACACUCCACACGUGAUCUUAACUGGAGAUUUUUUUUUAUCUUUACCAGUUUGUUGUUCUGGCUUUUUUUUUCUAUUCUCAUACUUUUAUUAUAUUGAAUUAUGGGUGACAGAUCUGGUGGUGACUCCCGGUUAACCGUGGAGAAAAUUUAUCAGAAAAAGACACCGCUUGAACAUGUCUUACUACGACCUGAUACUUAUAUUGGCUCAGCUGAGCCACAGGAGCAAGAGAUGUGGGUCUAUGAGGGAGAAGAGAGUGGCAUGGUUUUCAAGAAAAUCACCUUUGUACCUGGAUUAUACAAAAUUUUCGAUGAAAUUUUGGUUAAUGCUGCAGACAAUAAACAACGAGAUCCUGGAAUGGAUGUUCUAAGGGUCGAUAUAAAGCCGGAAGAGAAUAAAAUUGUCAUUUACAAUAAUGGUAAAGGUAUUCCCGUUGUGGAACAUAAAGAUGAGAAAAUGUUUGUUCCAACCAUGAUUUUCGGCCAUUUACUGACAUCUUCCAAUUAUGAUGAUAAUGAGAGAAAAGUAACCGGUGGACGAAAUGGUUAUGGUGCCAAAUUGUGUAACAUUUUCAGUACUAAAUUUAUGGUUGAAACUUCAAGUAAAGAAUAUAAAUUGGCCUUCAAACAAACUUGGACCAAUAAUAUGUCCAAACCUGUUGAUGCUAAAAUUGUUCCAGCGACCGGUGAAGAUUAUACAAGAGUUACAUUUUAUCCAGAUUUAGCCAAAUUCCGUAUGGAUCGUCUUGAUGAAGAUAUUGUGGCACUUUUUUCCCGCCGUGUUUGGGAUGUUGCCGGUUCAUCUAAAGGUGUUAAAGUUUACCUUAAUGGUAAAAGAUUACCUAUUAAAGGUUUCAAAGAUUAUGUUGAUCUUUACAUAAAAGAUAAAAAUGAUGAAAAUGGUAGCCCAUUAAAAAUGGCCUAUGAGGAUAGUAAUGAACGUUGGCAAAUUGCUGUUACUCUAAGUGAUCGAGGUUUUCAACAAGUUAGCUUUGUGAAUAGUAUUGCAACAACCAAGGGAGGUCGACAUGUUGAUCAUGUUAUCGAUCAAAUUAUUCCUAAAUUAGCUGAAUCAAUUAAAAAGAAAAACAAAGCCAAAGUUGACGUUAAACCUCAUAUGAUUAAAUCACAUCUAUGGGUAUUUGUUAAUUGUCUCAUUGAGAAUCCAUCUUUUGAUUCUCAAACCAAGGAAAAUAUGACUCUUCAGAUGAAAAAGUUUGGAUCCAAAUGCUCACCAAGUGAUAAAUUUUUCAAUGCUGCCAUGAAAAUAGGAAUUGUUGAAGCUAUUCUUGUUGUCGCUAUGGCCAAAGCUGAGAAAGCUAAAGGAAGCCAAUGUUCAGCAAAGAAACAAUCACGACUUCUUGGUAUUCCCAAAUUAGAGGAUGCCAAUGAUGCCGGUGGUUCCCGAUCAAUUGAUUGUACUCUUAUCCUUACCGAAGGAGAUUCAGCCAAAAGUCUUGUCAACUCUGGAUUCAGUGUGAUUGGUCGAGAUAAAUAUGGUGUUCCGUUACGAGGUAAACUUCUCAAUGUACGUGAGGCCAAUCACAAGCAAAUCCUUAAUAAUGCUGAGAUUCAAAAUUUGAUUAAAAUCACUGGUCUUGAUUAUCGUAAAAAAUAUGAAUCAGAAUCUGAACUGAAAACUUUACGUUAUGGUAAACUAAUGAUUAUGACUGAUCAGGAUCAAGAUGGUUCUCAUAUUAAAGGAUUAUUAAUCAACUUUAUUCACCACAAUUGGCCACAUUUGGUUAAAUUACCUUAUCUAGAAGAGUUUAUUACUCCAAUUGUUCGAGCUCGAAAAGGUAACAUGGUGAAAUCCUUUUACUCUUUACCCGAAUUGGAAGAGUGGAAAAAGGAAACCGCCAAUUGGAAAAGUUGGAGUAUCAAAUACUACAAGGGUUUGGGUACAUCAACGGGUAAUGAAGCGAAAGAAUAUUUCUCUGAUAUUGAGCGACAUCGUAUUCUUUUCAAGUAUCAAGGUCCAGAAGAUGAUCAUUCGGUUUUAUUGGCAUUUAGUAAAAAAAUGGUUGACCAACGUAAAGAUUGGUUAACCAAUUCAAUGGAAGAUCGUAAAAGACGCCGGGAAUUAGGUCUACCUGAGGUGUAUCUAUAUGGAAAAGCGACUAAACAUGUGACGUACAAAGAUUUUGUAAACAAAGAAUUAGUUCUCUUCAGUAAUCUUGAUAAUGAACGUUCAAUUCCGUCAAUGAUGGAUGGCCUCAAACCGGGACAAAGAAAAGUACUUUACUCAUGUUUCUUCCGUAACCUGAAAAAGGAAAUCAAAGUAGCUCAAUUGGCUGGUACCGUUGGUGAGGUUUCUUGUUAUCACCAUGGUGAAGCCUCACUUAUGGCGACAAUCAUCACUUUAGCUCAAAAUUUUGUUGGAAGUAACAACAUUAACCUUCUCAUGCCUCUCGGUCAAUUUGGUACUCGUCUUUUGGGUGGUAAAGAUGCUGCCAGUCCUCGUUACAUUUUCACUCGAUUAAGUCCAUUGGCUCGUAAAGUAUUUCCUUUACCUGAUGACCCUUUACUCAACUAUCUUUAUGACGAUAACAGUAAAGUUGAACCUGAAUAUUAUGUACCCAUUUUACCAAUGGUUCUAGUUAAUGGUGCUGAGGGUAUUGGUACCGGUUGGUCAACCAAAAUUCCUAAUUUCAAUCCCCGUGAUUUGAUUGAAAAUUUGAAGCGACUUAUAAACAAUGAUGAACUUAUACCUUUGAAACCUUGGUUUAAAGGUUUCCGUGGAUCAAUUGAUAAAGUUGACACUCAACGUUAUGUUGUCAGUGGAGAGGUUUCAGCCUUAGAUGGUUGCAGAAUUGAAAUCACUGAGCUUCCCGUUCGUACAUGGACUCAAACUUAUAAGGAAAAUGUUCUUGAACCAAUGCUUCGUGGUACCGAAAAGACACCACCGUUUAUCACCGAUUAUAAAGAGUAUCACACUGAUGUUACUGUUAAAUUUAUCGUCUCAUUAACCCCUGAAAAUUUAGCUCGAGCCGAGGAACAAGGAAUUCAUAAAGUAUUUAAAUUACAAACAACCUUUUCAACAACUUCGAUGGUUUUGUUUGACCACAAUGGAUGUAUUCGUAAAUAUGAGACACCAGAAGAGAUUUUAAAAGAAUUUUUUGAAGUAAGACUUGAUUAUUAUCGUAAACGAAAGGCUUAUUUGGAAGGAAUGUUGGAAGCAGAGGUUCUUAAAUUAAUGAAUCAAGCUCGUUUCAUUUUGGAAAAGAAUGAUGGCCGAUUGAAAUUGGAAAAUGUUAAAAAGAAAGAUUUAGUUCGAACCUUGAUUGAGCGUGGAUACGAUUCUGAUCCAGUUAAGGCUUGGAAGGCUAAAAAUAAUCUUGCAGAAGAUGAUGAUCAAGACGAUGAUGAAAGAGGAUUAGAUGAGCCCUCAGGAUCAUUUGACUUUGAUUAUUUAUUGGACAUGACGAUGAGAUCUAUGUUGAAGGAGAAAGUAGAUGAUCUAUUGAAACAACGAGAUGUCAAGAAAGCUGAACUGGACACAUUGAAGAAGACAACUCCAGAAACUCUUUGGACGAGAGAUUUAGAUGAUCUUUUGGUUGAACUUAACAAAUUAGAAGAGAAGGAGAGAGAAGAUGCAGAAAAAGCAGUUAUGCUUAAAACUCCAACAAAACCUCAACAACUAGGUAAAGGAAAAGCUCGCAAUAAAGCAGCUAUUUGUGCUGACACAAAGCCGUCUGUAGAUGGUAGACGAAUAGCACCAACAAUAGACUUUGAAGCUUACCGAAAGAAAGAUGGUCUCACAGAAAGUGCGCGAAAAGUAUUAAAGAAAACAAUUAAAGAUGAAGAAGGUAUCGAAGAUGAUGAUCCAUUCAAAGAUUCUGACGAUGACAUUGGUAUUGAUUUGAACAAAUCAUUAGCUGAACGAAUAGGAUUAACGCCUGAAAUGGUUGAAGCUGGACGAAAACCAUCAACGACCACACCAACUCCUAAAUCGAGUGAUACUCCGAAAACGACAAAACCUCGAGCACCAAGUGCGAAAGCUAGUAAAUCAUCUGACUCGACGGAGAAAAGGAAAUCGGUGAACGGUUCUGGUUCAAAAGGAAAGAAAAAAGGACCUGCAAAUGCAAAAGGUAAAAAGAGGAAUCCAUGGUCUUCAGGAUCUGAAGAUGACGAUGAAAACGACUCUCCCCCGGAAGAUGAAUUUUCAGAUGAAGAUUAUGAUUCUUACUCUACCCAAGCCCGACAGACCAGAAAACCUAGAAGAUCAAGUCCACCUAAAGCACCACCUAAAAUAGCAGAUGAUGAAGAAGAUGAUGACGAUGAUGUUAUUCCUAUCGUUUCAAAUGAAAGUAAAACAGAUAAACCCUAUUCUUGGGAAAGAGAAUCCAUAAUGGAAGCAAAAUCUAAAGCAAGAAAUGCUUCAGGAAGUAGCGUUGAUUCACUUACAGAAAAACCUGCGAAACCCCCAAGUAAUGUGACAAGUGAACAACUUUUUGACAAUAUCUUUGGUUCAAAACCAUCAACCGAUAAUAAUCCCAUCUCAUCUUCAUCCAAUAAUAAGCAAUCAUCAUCUUACUCAAUUAGUCCACCUUCACCUUCACCUUCAUCACCUGAACCUAAAUCAUCUACUCAAAGAUCUUAUUCACCUGAUCUAUCAACCAAUGGAAAAUCUCAUGAUCCACCCGAUUUCAGGUCACCAUCUCCAGCACAACCUUUAUCUCCAGAACCUGAAUCUAGUGUUAAAAAGAAAACGCCAACAACAAAAUCUCCCAAGGAACCUAAGAAAAUUAGAGAAAAGAAAACGACUCCAGCUAAACGGAAGAAAAAAGAUUCAUGUUCUGAUGAUUCUGAUUUUGAGAUGACACCUAAGAAGACUAAAAAGACUCCAGUUAAGAGGAAGAAAAAAUUUGCAUCAUCUGAUUCUGAACCAGAAAUUAUUUCUCCAAGUAAACCUGCACCUAAACCGAUACCUAAAUCAACAUUACCACGAUCAUCCCCAGCACCAUCAGAGGAACAAGAUUUUGAUAUAUCCAAUUUUAUAUCAUCAACUCGAAUGGGUCGAUCAAAAAAACCAAUCAGAUACGAUUGUGAUCUAUCCUCUGAUGAUGAUUAUUAUAACGUUGAAUGAUAGUCAAACAACCAACGUUUAAAAAAAGUCUCCCUCAAAUAAAUUGGUGUCAAUCAACUAGAAGGAUGGAAAAUUAAACAAUUUCACUGAAUCAAUGGUUAUAAAAAGUUCAAAUAAUCUUCAUCCUCAAGUAAACACUAAAGUAUAAGCAUCAUCAUCAGCGUCAGCGUAAAAAAAAAACAACAAAAGAUCAAGCAACAACUUUCGUCCUUAACUUACUUAAGGCCUAAAUUUUAUCUCCAUUUUAUUUAUUGAUUAACAAUCAUUUCUUUUCAUUCCUUUCCUCA